AUGUCAGUUUACUGUCAUGAAGUAUCCAUGAUUUUUACUUUUUGUGUCUUUAACAGUUUAAAGCUAGAAUGUGAAAAACUGGCCAGUGAGAAGACAGAGAUGCAGCGACAUUAUGUCAUGUAUUACGAGAUGUCCUAUGGGCUGAAUAUAGAGAUGCAUAAACAGGCAGAAAUUGUCAAGAGGCUGAAUGCUAUAUGUGCACAAGUCAUUCCCUUCCUGUCCCAAGAGCACCAGCAACAAGUGGUGCAGGCUGUGGAGCGUGCCAAACAAGUGACCAUGGCAGAACUGAACGCAAUCAUUGGGCAGCAACAACUUCAGGCCCAGCACUUGUCACACGGACAUGGUCUUCCCGUGCCGCUCACUCCGCACCCCUCGGGCUUGCAGCCUCCAGCCAUCCCACCCAUUGGCAGCAGUGCUGGUCUCCUGGCACUCUCCAGUGCGCUGGGUGGGCAGUCACACCUCCCAAUUAAAGAUGAGAAGAAGCACCAUGAUAAUGAUCACCAAAGAGACAGAGACUCCAUCAAGAGCUCUUCUGUAUCUCCCUCAGCCAGUUUCAGAACAGGAGAAAAGCACAGAAAUUCUACAGAUUAUUCUUCAGAUAGUAAAAAACAGAAAACAGAAGAAAAGGAAAUAGCGGCUCGUUAUGACAGCGAUGGUGAAAAGAGUGAUGACAACUUGGUAGUUGAUGUUUCCAAUGAGGAUCCUUCUUCUCCCCGGGGGAGCCCAGCCCAGUCUCCACGGGAAAAUGGCUUGGACAAGACUCGCCUGCUGAAAAAAGAUGCACCAAUUAGUCCGUCAUCUAUUGCAUCUUCUAGCAGUACUCCUUCCUCCAAAUCCAAAGAACUUAGCCUUAAUGAGAAAUCUACCACUCCUGUGUCUAAAUCAAAUACCCCAACUCCACGGACUGAUGCCCCGACUCCAGGCAGCAACUCCACUCCUGGACUGAGAUCAGUGCCUGGCAAACCCCCAGGUGUGGACCCAAUAGCUUCAGGUUUAAGAACACCUAUGGCAGUACCGUGCCCUUAUCCUACUCCAUUUGGUAUCGUGCCACAUGCUGGUAUGAACGGGGAGCUGACCAGCCCUGGAGCUGCCUAUGCCGGUCUGCACAACAUUUCCCCUCAAAUGAGUGCAGCAGCUGCAGCAGCAGCAGCAGCAGCAGCUUACGGGCGAUCUCCAGUGGUUGGUUUUGAUCCACAUCAUCACAUGCGAGUCCCAGGCAUCCCUCCCAAUCUAACAGGCAUCCCAGGAGGAAAACCAGCAUACUCAUUUCAUGUAAGUGCAGAUGGUCAGAUGCAGCCAGUUCCUUUCCCUCCUGAUGCCCUCAUCGGUCCGGGAAUCCCUCGCCAUGCCCGUCAGAUCAACACUCUGAACCACGGGGAAGUUGUGUGUGCAGUUACCAUCAGCAACCCCACAAGACACGUGUACACGGGUGGGAAGGGGUGCGUCAAAGUCUGGGACAUCAGCCACCCUGGCAACAAGAGCCCUGUCUCUCAGCUGGACUGCCUGAACAGAGACAACUACAUCCGUUCCUGCAGAUUGCUCCCUGAUGGCCGCACCCUGAUUGUUGGUGGGGAAGCCAGCACGUUAUCUAUUUGGGACCUGGCAGCUCCAACUCCUCGCAUCAAAGCAGAGCUGACAUCUUCUGCUCCAGCUUGCUAUGCCCUAGCUAUCAGCCCUGAUUCCAAGGUCUGCUUCUCUUGCUGUAGUGAUGGGAACAUUGCAGUGUGGGAUCUGCAUAACCAGACUUUAGUAAGGCAAUUUCAGGGCCACACAGAUGGAGCAAGCUGUAUUGACAUUUCUAAUGAUGGCACCAAACUAUGGACGGGAGGCUUGGACAAUACAGUCAGAUCAUGGGAUCUCAGAGAAGGGAGACAGCUACAGCAACAUGAUUUCACAUCACAGAUCUUCUCACUGGGCUAUUGUCCAACUGGUGAGUGGUUGGCAGUAGGAAUGGAGAACAGCAAUGUCGAGGUGCUACAUGUUACUAAGCCGGACAAGUAUCAGCUACAUCUUCAUGAGAGCUGUGUAUUGUCACUCAAAUUUGCUCACUGUGGCAAAUGGUUUGUAAGCACUGGAAAAGAUAAUCUUCUUAAUGCCUGGAGAACACCUUAUGGAGCCAGUAUAUUCCAGUCCAAAGAAUCCUCAUCUGUGCUUAGCUGUGAUAUCUCUGUGGAUGAUAAAUACAUUGUCACUGGCUCUGGGGACAAGAAAGCUACAGUCUAUGAAGUUAUUUAUUAGAGACAAAUCUGAAUGCAGACAGAACUCCUUCUCCUAGCACUUUGCUGUAUAUUCCUUUUGUUUUUUCUUUCUAAACUGAAAACUUAAAUGCUCAUCACAGUUGUGGAAUUUAUUUUUACCUUCUUAACUUGCUAUUGGUUUGUGAAUGUUCAUUAAGAACUCGUGAUACCAAAUUGUCAGAUAUCUAUUUGGAAGAAGAUGGAAUAAGCAUACUGAACAGUGACCUUGACUCUUUAAUUAUGUAUUAUAGCUGUAAUGUAUUUAUUUUGUUUAAAGAAGGCUUUCUAACAAUGAACUGACUUAAUAAAGCUGUCUGGCCCGGCUUUAGUUUGAAAAAUGCAUUGUAUACUUGUGUUUUUGCAGGUGGAUAAAUUGGGGAUCUUGGAGAAGGAUGUUCAGGAGAUAGUUAAAGUUACACUAAAUAGACUUGUAGUUUCUAUUUAAAAAAAAUAAACUUUGUUAUAUUUUUUAGUCCUGUUCUUGAAUGAGACCUCUAAAUGUUAUUACAGUAUAAUUAUUUGGUGGGAAGAUGCUGUAUCUUAACUAUUUUAGACAGUCUUGGAAACUUAGGAAAUUGCAAACUGUAGCCAGUGAUCUACAUGCCUGUGAUGAAUGGCAAAUUCAGUUCACAUCUAAAUUAAAUUUAAGUAAGAAUGUGCUAAUUUAUAUAUUUGCAAUGUUAAUAUAGCAUCUUGUGUACAGAUUUGUUCUCAAUGCUUUUCUGUUGAUAAACAUAAAGCAUUUUGGUGUCAAGCUAGGUUUUUUAAUAUAAACACCUCUCUUUGUUAUAUUGUAGAGAGUACAAUAAGUUGCCUCAGAGAAUCACCUUUGUUACUUCUGGAAACUUUUGCAACGUUUCCUUGAAAAUGGGGAUAUGUGUCUUUGGGCAAUUUUUCAAUUACAAGAGAUUAUGAAAAAUAUUUGAUAUGUUCUUUGGAAACUGCACUGAAAUAAGAAUGGAUGCCUACCAAUAUACAAACUACAAAAGCAAUGACCUCCAAGGUAGGAUUUACAAGAGUACUCAUUCCGACAUUCAAAAAGGAAUGGAUUCUCAUUGGGAUAAGGACUUGCUUUGUUUGCCAGCAGUUCAAUCCAAGUCUUGAUUGGAUGUCCCUAAAAAGGACGCAGACUGAGCCAUUGUGCCAGAGACAACGUGUUAUCUUUUUAUGUUGUUGUUGUUGCUGUUGAACUAUGAUCUGUGACUUUUUUUUUUUGAAUGCUUUAAAAAAAAUCUUUAAGUCUGUGGAUCUGCUGAUGUACAGUGCCUUUGCUGCUAUGGAUCAAAAUCAAAAGACCCGUGUAGAUAAAUCUUAUUGUAUAAGUAGAAAAUUACUUAAUUUCAUACUAGAAAUGGAUUGAUGCUGCAAGUUAAAAUGGACUGUUCAUUGAAGUUCCAAAUGUGGUAGCAAAAAUGGUGUCUUAAGUGCUUAGUGUUUGAUGUCAUUAACAGUUUCGUAAUACUCUACAUUGUAGAAAGAUUUUGAUACUAAACUGUGUCAUUGUACAUAGUUCUAAUGCAUUGUAUUGACCACCAGUACUUCUAUAAUGGUAGAUUAUUGUUUGUGCAUUCAGACUUUUAGACAUUAAAAAUAAGUAACUUCUAAGAUGCA